AUGAACUACAUCUACUCCACCGUUAACACCCUCCGGGACCGGUACACGCCCGUCGCCACCACCUCUACAUUCCGCAAGACGGGCGAGAUCAACCCGAACGAGUUCGAAGAGGCUGGUGACUACCUCGUCUCCAAGUUCCCCACCUGGUCCUGGGGCGACGCCGACGACGAAUCCCGCCGUGUUCCCUUCCUACCCCCGGGAAGCAACCGGCGCCGCCGGCGGGCUAGUGCGGGCGGCGACGACGACGACGAUGGCUGGUUGAGGACUGGCGGUCUAGCGAGCUCGCAGCCGCUCAAGGCGAGAGAGAUUCGCGCGGUGGACGAGGCCGGCAACGUUGCCGAGGGCCAAGUGGUUGAAGACGACGAGAUCCCGGACAUGGAGGAUGAGGAAGACGAUGAUGCCAUCAUUAAGGACACCGGUGCCGAGAGCAAGAGCGGUGGCCGGCGAACUUACAACCUCUACAUAAUGUACUCUCCGUACUAUCGUACCCCGCGUCUCUACCUCUCUGGGUAUUCUCCCAACGGCCAGCCCCUACCUCCCAAGUUUAUGAUGGACGAUAUCGUCGGCGACUACAAGGACAAGACCGUCACCCUCGAGGACUUUCCCUUCUUCGCCAACAACAUCAAGAUGGCUUCGGAGAAGCUCCGCGCCGCCGCCGCGGAUCAGGGCUCUGCUACUGGCGCUGACACCCUCGUUGAAGAGGUGAAGAAGCUUGAUGUCAAGGAUGCCGAGGCAGAGGCAGACAAGGCGGAGGACUGGGAAGAGGUACAACAGAACGAGAUUGAUGAUCAGGAGGUCGCCAUUCGCGUCGACCAGUACCUAGUAGUAUUUCUCAAGUUUAUGGCGAGUGUUACGCCAGGUAUCGAGCAUGAUUUCACGAUGGGUGUUUAA